AUCCACCGACGUCUCUGCGCUGAAGCGGACACAGUAAAAGUAAAGUCCCAAGAUUCCUGAAGAUCCUGUCUGUGGACUCGUACAUGGCAGUGAACCAUCAAAGUGAAAACUAAAACCAAGAACCCUCAGCCUCAGAGCAUUGCCCUCGUAGAUGCCGCUCGGUCUUCGUCUUUGCAAAUGGCUUGUUGUCUGAAGGACGAGCUCCUCUGUUCCAUCUGCCUCAGCAUCUACCAGGACCCCGUCAGCUUCGGCUGCGAGCACUACUUCUGCAGGAAGUGCAUCACCGAGCACUGGAGCAGGAAGGAGCUUCACGGAGUGCGAGACUGUCCCGAGUGCCGGAGGACCUUCGCCGACCCUCACCUCUCCCCGAGCCUCAAGUUGUCCAACAUAGUGGAGCGCUACUCGGCCUUCCCGCUGGACGCCAUCCUUAACGCCCAGAGGAGCUCCUAUCCCUGCAAGGACCACGAGAAGGUCAAGCUGUUCUGCCUCACCGACAAGAGUCUGGUGUGCUUCUUCUGCGACGAGCCGGCGCUACAUGAACAGCACCAAGUGACCACUAUUGACGAGGCUUACGAGGAGAUACAGAGGGAGAUGAAGGAGCAGCUGACCACCCUGCAGGACAGUGAGAAGGGACACACUGAGGCCCUGCAGCUCCUGCAGAGACAACUCACCGAGACCAAGUCCUCCGCCAAGAGUCUGCGUGCAACCAUCGGCGAUGCUUUCGAGAGGCUCCACCGCUUCCUGCGCGAGCGUCAGAAGACCAUGCUGGAGGAGCUGGAGAUGGACACAGCCCGCAAGCUUUCCGACAUCGAGCACAAGAUCCAGCGCUACAGUCAGCAGCUGCGUGACGUCAAGGAGGGCAUCCAGAUCCUGCAGGAGCGCCUCAACGAGUCCGAACGGCACGAUUUCCUGGAGGGAGUCGCCGUCACAUCUGAGAGGAUUAAAGGAAAGAUACAUGAGACCAAUCUGACGUACGAAGACUUCCCGACAUCCAAGUACAUGGGGCCCUUACAGUACACAAUAUGGAAAUCCCUCUUUCAGGACGUUUCACCAGUGCCAGCAGCGUUGACCCUCGAUCACAUCACAGCCCACCAAAGACUGAUCCUCUCAGAUGACUGUACCAUCGUGGCCUACGGGAAUCUCCAUCCGCAACCGCUGCAGGAUUCCCCGCGCCGCUUUGAUGUGGAAGUGUCUGUUCUUGGCGCUGAGGGCUUUGCCUCGGGUGUCCAUUACUGGGAGGUGAUGGUGUCGGAGAAGACCCAGUGGAUGAUUGGUGUGGCCAACGAGACGGUCAGUCGCAAGGGCAGCAUCCAGAUCCAGCCCACCCGUGGCUUCUACUGCAUUGUCAUGCACGACGGGAACCAGUACAGUGCCUGCACCGAGCCCUGGACCCGUCUCAACGUCAAGAGCAAGCUGGAGAAGGUGGGCGUGUACUUGGACUACCCGAAAGGCCUGCUCAUCUUUUACAAUGCAGACGACAUGUCCUGGCUCUACACCUACCGAGAUAAAUUCCCCACCAAGGUCUUCCCCUAUUUCAGCCCCGGCCAAAGCCACGCUAACGGCAAGAAUGUGCAACCGUUACGAAUCAACACUGUUCGCCUAUAGGAGCGACACACUUGUGAUUGUCCUCAGAGAUGUUUCCAUCCUGAACUUGCAGGACUUGUGUAGGAAAAAAGUUUAAGAAGUGUUUAAUUGGGUGUUUGACAUGUUUAUUCCUUUAAGUUCUGUGUUAAGAAUUGUGCUUGAUGUUGCUCUUAAAACCCACGCUGUUGUUUUCUUUGUGACUUGAAACGACUGUACGGUAAAGGCCUGCAUUUGAGCCUCAUUCCACAUCUUUCAUUGAAAAGGUGACAUGAAAUGGUGAGAGAAAGGGGCCCCUGGGCUCCUCUGGGGUCUGUGGCAGCGUGUUUAAAAACAAGUGAUUUCCACUCUUACCGUGGCUGUCCCAGGCCCGACUUGCACACUCCCAGGGGGCACCACUCCCCUUAUCUAGCUCCAGGCUCGUCAGAGUUGAAGUCCCCUCUCUGUCCAGGCACCCGUCUUCUCUGUGCUGUACAGUUGGCUUUGCUUUGUUUGUGGAAUGUGAUUGACAGUAGUCUGCUCUUUUUUCCUAUCUUUGCCUUUUGUUUGGCGUUCGCCCUGAACUUGUCAAGUCUGUCUGCACUUUUUUUUACUUCCAUCCGAGACGAUGAUCUAUGAUGCAUUCACAUGUGUCUGUUCUUUCAUUCUAUGUGCACCAGCGGCUCUCCAUAUCACCUAACACAUAUCAUAUGAAUGAUAAAGUAGUUCAUAGGCUGCCCACCCCUGACCCUGUCUCAGUCCUACCCACACGUGAUGGUAAGGUACGUUUGGAGGUGGUUCAGAAAUGUGCUGCUAUUGAAUAAGUUCUUAAAUAUUUGUACAUAUUGUAACAAUGGUGAAAAGGAUUAAGUCUAUCUUCAUGCUGGCUCAUGUUUAAGUUUCCCCUUUUUGCCCAGAACCCACAUUCUAUUCCGACACUUAUCCUUUUUUUUUUUUUGUUCACUUAAAUGAUAAAUUUAAGCAAUUUUCUGCCACCAGCCUUUAAUGUUUGAUCAUUUAAUCUUUGACUCAAAAGAAUACUAAAUACUCAUCGUCUGGGUAUUUGAGGCAGAGACCCCUGGUUGUAAGAUUCUGAAACGUUAAAGAUCAAAUAUUGCUUUAAAAAAAAGCUGCAGAGACCAACUGUUCACUAUUAUUUCAAAUCAUUUCAUUUGUCUUAAUGUCAUAUGGCUGUCUGUUUUACGAUGUGGCAAUUUUCAGUGAACAGUUGGAUGGAGGAAUGGACUGUUGGUUGGAUGAAUGGUUGAUGGACUUUAUCCCGACUGUGUAAUCCUGGGAUUCCCGUGGCUGUUGCUACGUUACAUAAUGAUCAAAUAGCUGAUAAUUCCUCUGUGGCUCACUCAUGUUUAUUUCUCUCCCCCCCACAGCCCUCAAACGCUCUUGUUUGUCAUCAUUUGUAAACAAGUCCUGCAGAAUCUGCCCUAAGAGGCUCCUGUCCCUCAGCCAAAUCCAGCAUACUGAGAGAUAUAUGUGUGUGUGUGUGUGUCUUUGGGGGUCUGUGGGUGGGCGUGUGCACAGUGUGUUUGAGUUGCCAGCUUCAACUGUUAUUUUUAAAUCCCUCAGCAUAUACCCAUGAAGUGGCCAAAAAUACUUCUGAAAUGCUGAAAUCAGAUUGAAUUUAACACAUUUUCUGAAUGAACAGUCACCUUUCCUUCGCCACUGUACAUCUUUACAUUAUGUGUAUGUAUAGUCUGUGUUGUCCACUUUAAAGAAAAUUGGGCAGUGCCCUCGUUUCUGUAGGAUCUUAUUCCGGUAUGUGCAGUAUGAUGCAAACUGGGGUCAAACUGUGAGCAUGUGCAAAGGAUUUCAGGUCUUUGCUUUAACUUGCACAGAUCUGCAAGAGCCCUUGAGUUGCUUAGGAAAGAAGUAACAUGCUGAGUAAAACUGGUGAGUUACUGGGAAUUACUCAGCAAAUCUGUCCAUUUCAGUUGGUUAGGAUUUAUUUAUGAAUGUGGGGUUUAGACAAUCAGGACACUGUUCUGUUAUUUUAUCCUUGAUCAAUCUGUUGUGAUCUAAAAUGUUGUUUGAAAGUAAUUUCCAACCAGCUGGGCUCAUGCAGGUUAGAACACAUUUUGACGCCAGUUUUCUGUGUUGCAGACCUUAGUGUGGUCGGCUUCAUCAAGAUUUUAUGUUUUAAUAUCAAGAAGGAGAUUAUUGUGAGAUGGUGGCGGGUUACUGGUGCUGCAGGUGGGUAAAAUGAUUUUGAUGAUGGUAAUUAUAUAUGAUUGAAAUGAUGAUUGUGUCUUUUGAUGAUGGCCGCUGGGCACCCAUCAUCGUGUGAACACACUCUGGUGUGCUUCUGCUGCUGGAGGUUUGUGGGAAAUGUUUUGAUGUACAAUAAAUUACUGAGAAACUC